UCACUCGCGAUCCGCUCCCGAUGGAUCCUCGACUUCACGUUUUCUUACUCAAUCUAUCCUUCCACGACUCUCCCCGCUCUUUUGGCGAUUGUGCGGCUAGUCAUGCUGCGCACUUCAAUUGCUUCAAGUCGGCACUUGCUGUCGUCUCCCGUUCGCCAGCGCAUCCCGUCGCAAUGGCUUUCAAAAGUGGGCGCUAGCAGCCAGCUCUCGGGCAAGCGCUUCUUUGCCGAUGACAAGCCUCCUAUUAGCCCUACACCUGCUACACCUUCUUCAACCUCUAGCGUUCCCCCAGAGACUGUUGCGAAGCUCACAGAAGAAUCAAAAAUUCCUCCAGUUAAACCUGUGGCGAAACCACGAAAGUCCGGUCGCUUCCGUCGAUUCCUCCUGUACUUGAUCUUCACCUCCGGCUUCGCCUAUGGAGGUGGUGUUUUCUUGGCCUUGAAGUCCGACAACUUCCAUGACUUCUUCACAGAGUUCGUUCCAUACGGCGAGGAAUUCGUUCUUUACUUUGAGGAGCGUGAUUUCUACCGACGCUUCCCAAAUGCCUCGAGACAAUCCAGCCGCGGUGUUGGUAGCCCCAGAGAUGACGGCAAACCAGUCACAAUUCCCAGCAACAGCGGCUUGUCUUGGAACGUUGCUAAGGUUGAGGAGACUGACUCUUCUAAGAGCGCCAAGUCCGAGCCUAAGGCCAAGGAAGACAAGCCUGCUGCAAAGUCUGUCCCCAAGGAGGAGAAGGAGGAGAAGAAGGCUGCCUCUCUUGAUGAGCCUAGAAAACCCGCUGUCCCUGCGGUGAGCACCAUCGAGUUGUUGCAAGUCAAGGAUGCCGACGAGACUGUGGUCCAGGAACUAGUGAAGACCUUCAACGACAUUGUCACUGUGAUUAGCGCAGACGAGAAUGCCGGCAAAUACUCUGGUGUGGUUUCCAAGGCCAAGGAAGAGCUACAGAAUAUUGGAGAAAAGAUUUCGGCGAUCCGUAACGAGGCACGCGAGGCUGCCCAAGAAGAACUCAACAAGGCCCACGCCACCUUUGACGAGUCAGCACGCGAGCUGAUUCGCCGCUUUGAGGAGAUGCGCAAUUCUGAGAUUGCCCAGUUCCGCGAAGAGUUUGAGUCUGAGCGCGAGAAGCUUGCUCUGGCGUACCAGGAGAAGAUCAAUAUCGAGCUUCUCCGCGGCCAAGAGCUUGCGGAACAGCGUCUGAAGAAUGAACUUGUGGAACAAGCUAUUGAGUUGAACCGGAAAUACAUCCACGAGGUCAAGGACUUGGUUGAGCGCGAACGAGAGGGUCGCCUCAGCAAGUUGAACGAGCUCACUGCCAACGUUAAUGAACUCGAACAGCUGACUACCGGUUGGAGCGACGUCAUCGACAGCAACCUGAAGACCCAGCAACUCCAGGUUGCGGUCGAUGCCGUCCGCACUGUUGUUGAGCGUUCAGAGACUGCACGCCCCUUCAUUCGUGAGCUCGUUGCCGUCAAGGAGCUGGCUGCUGACGAUCCUCUGGUUGAUGCUGCAAUCGCAUCUAUUAACCCUACUGCGUACCAGCGUGGUAUUCCCUCCAGAACUCAGAUAAUCGAGCGUUUCCGCCGUGUGGCUAGUGAGGUUCGCAAGGCUAGCCUCUUGCCUGAGAAUGCAGGUAUUGCCAGCCACGCUGCCAGCAUGGUUCUGAGCAAGGUCAUGUUCAAGAAGGAUGCCCUUGCUGAUGGUGAUGAUGUGGAGAGCAUUCUUGUUCGCACCGAGAACUGGCUGGAGGAGGGCAAUGUUGACGCUGCUGCCCGUGAGAUGAACACUCUCUCCGGUUGGGCCAAGAUCCUGAGCAAGGACUGGCUUGCCGAUAUCCGUAGAGUUCUUGAAGUCCAGCAGGCUCUCGAGGUCAUUGAAGCUGAGGCUCGACUUCAGUGCUUGCGUGUGGAGUAA